CUGAUCAGUGCUGGAUAACACGCUCGCAGCAUCCACUUCACUGCCAUUAACUGCUGGAGAAAAGAAGACAUGAAUCAGACUGCUGGAGUGUCCAACCACUGCCAGAGGCGCUCAUCCAUCGACGUGAAGGAUGUGGGAGGUGUUUCCACCGAAAUGAACUGGAAGGGAGUGGGAAUCUCACUUCUGGUCAUUGCGUUUGUGCUAUCACUGAUCGGAUUGUCCAUCUUUCUACUGUCUAAAGGUGAUGCUCACCAGUCCCUGAGAUCCUGUCUGACCCUGGAUGACCUUUUCUCCAGUGAGCUGCAGGAUCAUGAUCUUGAAGCUCAGUGGGUUUCUGCUCAACGACUUGUCUACAAGGACAGAGAUGGAGAUCUAAAGAUUCUGAACACAGAGACCAAUCAGAUGGAGGUUUUAAUGAAAAACAUCACAUUUGCAGAGUUCAAGGCCUCCAAGUUUGCUGUGUCACCAGAUCUCAACUAUGUGUUACUGUCAUAUGAUGUCAGAAAGGUUUAUCGAUACUCCUACAUGGCGUCUUACUUGAUCUACAACAUACAAACAAGGGAAGUGCAUGAACUAAAUCCUCCGGAGGUCUCUGAUUGCGUUCUACAGUUUGCAUCAUGGGGAAAUCAUGGCCAACAGCUGGUGUACAUAUUUGAGAAUAAUAUUUACUAUCAGCCAGAUGUGAAGAGCAGUUCUCUCAGACUGACAUCAUCGGGGCGAGACGGUCUCAUAUUUAAUGGAAUAACUGACUGGCUUUAUGAAGAGCAGAUCCUGCACUCUUCAGCCGCUCACUGGUGGUCUCCAUCAGGCUCCAGACUGGCAUUUCUCACCAUCGAUGAUACUCUCGUGCCCAGCAUGCAGCUGCCGCAUUUCACAGGAACGCUUUACCCUCACGGAUACCAGUAUCCGUACCCGAAGGCUGGACAGAAGAAUCCUAAAGUGACAUUGUUUGUGAUCAACGUGAAUGGAUCUACACACGCUACACAACUUCAGCAUCCUGACAACUUACAGAGAAGUGAUCUCUACAUCAGCAUGGUGCAGUGGGUGACAGAUGAGUUUGUCGCUGUACGCUGGUUAAACCGUCCUCAGAACUCCUCUGUUCUCACACUCUGCAACACACACAUGGGGAAAUGUGUGCCGAAGCAUAUCAUGAUAUCAGACAAAUGGAUUGACAGACAGAAUGAGAAACCAGCUUUCUCUGAAGAUGGAGAAAUGUUUUUUGUGACAUCGCCCCUCAGAAGUGGAGGCCGUGGAUUCUUUAGACACCUUACUAUGAUGUCAAAGCAGCCUGAAGGUGAAGAGGUCAGCAUGCGACACCUGACCUCCGGCACCUGGGAGGUCACAGAGAUCCUGAGCUACGAUCAAAAGUGUAACACAGUAUAUUUUCUCAGUAAUGAAGCUGGAUUCAGUCACAGGCACCUGUACAGGGUCAGCACGGUUGAGCCGUUCCAUCGUGAGUGCUUAAGCUGUUCUGUGUUUAAACCUCACUGUUCAUUCUAUGAAGCAUCAGUGAGUCCAGACAGACGGGCCGUCCUGCUGAACUGCAGGGGUCCAGGAGUCCCCAAAACUACUGUGCACCUUCUUAGCAACAUGAGCGAUUACAUGACUAUAGAUGCUCGUCUGGAGAUCAGAGAGUUUCUCCAAAAGAAACAAACGGCAGUUAGACAAAUCAGGAAUUUACUGAUUAACAAUCAAGCACUGAGACUCGAGCUCAGCUUCCCUCCGCAGUUUGAAGAGAAUAAACGACAUCCACUCCUGCUGCUGCUUGACUCAGAGCCUGGCGGUCAGCAGGUGAGCGAGCGCUUCCAUCUGGACUGGACCGAUGAGCUGGUCAGCUGUGAUGAUGUGAUGGUGGCUCGGCUGGACAGCAGGGGGAGCGGCUCUCAGGGCCAGCAGUUUCUGCAAGAAGUUUAUCAGCGUCUGGGACUCAUGGAGAUAGAAGAUCUGCGCUCGGUUCUACAGUAUCUGAUGGAGCAGCCGUAUAUUGAUGGAGGCAGAGUUGGGGUUUUUGGCAAGGCAUAUGGUGGGUUCCUAAGCUCUAUUCUGCUGCUCUCCCAUGGCUCUGAACUCCGCUGUGGCGCUGCUAUGAGUCCAGUGUUUGACUGGCAGCUCUACGCUUCAGCCUUUACAGAGCGAUACUUUGGCUUCCCUCUACAAAAUGAGCUCAAAUACAAGAUUUCCAGUCUCCUGGUGAACAUCACACGCUCUGAGAACUUGCGCUUUCUGAUUCUACACGGGACAGCAGAUGGUGAGCUUAUGAAAGAAAACCCACAAACCUUCAGAGAGAAUAGCAGCAUCAUCAUAACUUUUUUUUCUCUCCUUUUAGCAAACGUUCAUUUUCAGCACACUGCAGAGCUAGUGAAGCUGCUGUCUGUGAAUAACAUCAAUUACAGGUUACAGAUCUUCCCCGAUGAGGGUCAUGAUGUCAUCAGCAGGCGCUUCAUGCUUCACUCACUCAUCUCCUUCUACAGAGACUGUUUUGUUGACAAUCUACCUAUUCUUGUGGAAACCAGUGACGACGAUGACUAGAAAAUCACCUUCUGCUAUCAUUUGUAUUGAUCCGGCCUAAACAAAAAGAGAGAGCAUGUGUUGAGUCUGAGGACAUGCUCCAAAUUUUUCUUUGAUUUCCUAUCUAUAAUUUCACCAUAUGUUCCCACUAGCAUUAGUCUGUAUUUAGCCGCAGCAUGACUGAUGUUGGAUAUCACUCUGUACAAGCCGAAAGAAAUCACUGUGUCAUGAAAAACACAAUAUUAUAGACUAUAUUUUUAUCAAUUUUACCGUACCAGUCUGAGUUCCUGCUGAAUCACUGACCGCAAGUCCUCUGGUUUUCUGGGCUUUCUCAUCCUGAUUUAUUAGCCAACUGACCCUCUUCAAAAGAAUAAGACUUUAAACAUCAGUGAGUCAUCUGUCAGUAAGCUGAUUUCUUGUUUCAUUCACUGAAACUCUAUUAUUAUACUGCAAUCUGACACUUUUUUUAAAGAGCCACAUGGUUAAUCAGCAUAAACAGAAAUAAAACAAACUCUCACUCAA